AUGGCUGCUCCCGCCGUUCUUGACGAGCGUGCUAGCUGCACCUUCACCGAUUCCGCUAGCGCCAUCAAGGGCAAGGCCAGCUGCACUAACAUCAUCUUGAACGGUAUCACCGUCCCUGCUGGCAGCACUCUCGACAUGACCGGUCUCAAGACUGGCACUACUGUUACCUUCCAGGGUACUACCUCUUUCGGUUACAAGGAGUGGGAGGGUCCUCUUGUCUCCUUCUCUGGUACCGGCAUUACCAUUCAGGGUGCUUCCGGCCACGUCAUUGACGGCAACGGUGCUAAGUGGUGGGACGGCAAGGGCAGCAACGGCGGAAAGACCAAGCCCAAGUUCUUCUACGCUCACUCCCUUAAGAACUCCAACAUCAAGGGCCUCAGCGUCAAGAACACCCCGGUUCAGGCAUUCAGCAUCAACAGCGCUACCAACCUCGGAGUUUACGACGUCCACAUCGACAACUCCGCUGGUGACUCUGGCGGUGGCCACAACACUGAUGCUUUCGAUGUCGGCUCUUCUACUGGUAUCUACAUCUCUGGUGCCGUUGUGAAGAACCAGGAUGACUGCCUCGCCAUCAACUCUGGCACCAACAUCACCUUCACCGGUGGCAGCUGCAGCGGUGGCCACGGUCUCUCCAUCGGUUCCGUCGGUGGCCGCUCCGACAACGUUGUCAAGACUGUCCGAAUUGAGAACAGCUCCAUCAGCAACAGUGAUAACGGUGUCCGCAUCAAGACCGUCUACGGUGCUACCGGAUCCGUCUCUGACGUCAAGUACACUGGAAUCACUCUGUCCAACAUCGCCAAGUACGGUAUUGUCAUUGAACAGGAUUACGAGAACGGCAGCCCCACUGGUACCGCUACUACUGGUGUCCCCAUCACUGGCCUCACCGUCAGCAAGGUUACCGGCUCCGUUGCCUCAUCCGCCACUGAUGUCUACAUCCUCUGUGGAAAGGGCGCUUGCUCCAACUGGGCCUGGUCUGGUAACAGCAUUACUGGAGGCAAGAAGUCUUCCAAGUGCUCCAACGUCCCCAGCCCUGCUUCUUGCUAA